CCUGGAACUUUCCUGGACCAGGUUGGCCUCAAACUCACAGAGAUCCACCUGAGUGCUGGGAUUAAGGAUGCGCGCCACCACCGUAAAGUCGGUCAUUGAGGUCACGGACCCUCAGAGCCUCAGUAAGCUCAGGGAUUUUAACCUUCACACUGUAAUGUGGAGAAUUUGGGACCAAAGGAAGUUGAGGUACCUGCUCCAAGAGGUUGAGGCCCUCAGGACAGGAGUCAAAGCUUGCCUGGCCUCAUGUCCCAGUCCUUGCCCAUAUGCCACAAUCCUGGCUUCACACUCUUCUGAAUUAAGAUACCUGUGCCCUGGGGCAUCCACUGAGCAGUAGAGGGCUUUCCUGGCGUGCGCAUGGAUGUCCAGCCCUGCCCUGGAAAAAUAAACAUCUGUACACUCGCGGGCUUCAGAGCGGACAGGGAAACAGUGCCACCGUGUUGUACAUACAGUGGCUCGGGCCUGCCCCAAGGCCUGUGACUCCCACUAGUGCGCUCUGCCGUCCACAGGGUGCUGAGCCGAGCAGAGCACAUUGAUGGAGUGGAUGAUUCAUGUUACCGCAGCAUCCAGGAAGUAAGCCUUUAUUAAGGCAAAUCAUUUUAAUACUGCUAGAAGCUUAGGAUCCCCCAUGACCACCCCGCCCCCCAGUCCCUCCCACCCUCACGCUCUCCCCUUUGGAUGACUCAAGUUCUCCUUGAAGCCUUUUCCUACAGAAACCCCAGCUCUUCCCACAAGCCUCACAGGGCGCCACAGCCACCUCCCUUCAGCCAGGAAGGGCCUUAAGCAGGAAGUCUUCUGACACAGAGCCAGAUGGCCCUACGGGUCUCCCGGUCCCCUCACCUCCGCCUAGAGGCUUCCUUGGGAUGGAGUGAGGCGGCAUACGCCUCGGCCUUGCCCCACGUGACAGGUUAGCAUAGGUCUGCUCCUCUCCAGCUCUGCUGGCCUUGCCCUAGCAAUCUCCACUCCAGCGCCUGCCUUCCUUCCCCACCCUCGGCCCCGCCCCUUCCUCCGGCCCCAGAGCCCUGGACACAGUACACACAGGCCAGAGUUCCCACUGGAAGGGAACAGAAGGAACUGUUUGGGUUCCCAUGGCUGUGGUCAACACCUUCAUCCCAUGGCUCAACCCUCAGAACCCUCAUCAUAUCCCAGGGUACACUGGACACUGCCCACUACUUCGGUUCAGCAUGGGCCAGACCUAUGGGCAGGUGACCGGUCAGCUACUUCGAGGCUCUCCUGGUCUAGCCUGGCCUCCUGCCCACCGUACACUUCUGCCUCCCAUCCAGUCUCCACGCUCCCCUGUAAUUUCCAGGAGGCUACCUCCCAGGCGUGGGCAUGAAAGACUCAGCUCCGGCAUAAUCCCUGGGUAUACAGGUUUUAUACCACAGGCACAGUUCAUUUUUGCCAAGAAUUGCAACCAGGUUUGGGCUGAAGCUAUGGAUGAUUUUACGAAAAGGCAUGGGCCGCAGGAGAGUCAUGAAUUGUCAGAGGAGGCUGAGGGAAGAAAAGAGGAGGAAGAAGGUCAAGGGCCAGAGGCAGAGGAGCCAGAGCUGAAGCAGGAGGUGGCCCAAGCUUCCCCCUACUCCAUGGAUGACACAGAUCCCCAGAAAUUCUUCAUGUCAGGCUUCACUGGCUACGUGCCUCGCGCCCGCUUCCUCUUUGGCUCCAGCUUCCCCGUGCUCACCAACCAGGCCCUGCAGGAAUUUGGGCAGACGUGCUCACGGGGCAGGGUGCAGAAGGAUCCCAAACCUGCCUCCCCACCCCCCAGGUCCAACUUCCAGAACCUGGGUCUCCUCCCUCACUAUGGAGGCUACGUGCCAGGGUAUAAGUUCCAGUUUGGCGGGACAUUUGGGCAUCUCACCCAUGAUGCUCUGGGGCUCGGCACCACUCAGAAACAGCUCUUGGCUUAAGUACCUGAACCUCAAGUUCUCCCUUUUCAUCCUAUCCCAGUGAUCUUUUUGGGAGGAAGAGAGGCGGGGAGGGGGAGGGGCACAAAGAAAAGGGUCUGGAGGCUGAGCACCUUUUUAUUAAUAGGUGUAAUAAAUAAAUAAAUAAAUAAAUACAUAAACAGAA